GCUUUUCCAGACCUGUGUUUCUUUACUUCAUCCAAAUCAUUUGCAGAGCAGAGAGAAAUGGCUGGAGCUUUGAUCGGAGAGGCUUUUAUCUCUGCUUCCAUCCAGGUGUUGUGUGAAAGAAUCACUUCACCUGAGUUCAUCGACUUAUUUCGACAGAAGAAACUCGAUCAACCACUCCUCAUGAAACUGAAGAUGACACUGUUCACCUUGUACGUAGUGCUCAAUGAUGCAGAGAAGAAGCAGAUUGAGAACCCAGCUGUAAGAGAGUGGCUUGACGAGCUCAAACAUGCUGUCUUUGAUGCGGAGGACUUACUGGAUGAGAUCAAAUAUGAAGCUUUACGAUGCAAGCUCGAAGGCAAAGAUCAAACCCACAAAUUAACCAAUAAGGUGUGGAACUUCCUCCCCAAAUUUCAUAAUCAUUUUUAUCAGAGCAUGAAUGUUAAGAUACAAGAGUUGUUAGAAAGAUUAGAAGACUUUGUACAACUGAAAACUGCUCUUGGUCUGAGGGAAGAUGUUGGGAGGAAGGUUUCACAAAGAACUCCAACAACUUCCUUGGUUCAUGAACCUUGCGUAUAUGGUAGAGACGAAGAUAAAGAUUAUUUAUCAAAAGUAUUGUUAUCGGAUGAUGCAAGCAACGAUGAUGUAUCUGUCAUCUCCCUUGUUGGAAUGGGCGGGGUUGGCAAGACAACCCUUGCUCGAAUGCUUUACAAUGACCAUAAGGUGAAAGAACAUUUUACACUUAAAGCUUGGGCUUGUGUUUCAGAAGACUAUGAUGCUAUUAGGGUAACUAAAACUCUUCUUGAGUCUGUCACUUCAAAACCUUGUAAUAUGACAGACCUCAAUUUGCUUCAAGUUGAAUUAAGAGAACAACUGAAAGGAAGAAAAUUUUUAUUUGUGUUGGAUGACCUAUGGAAUGAGAAAUAUAGUGAUUGGAAGUGCCUCCAAACUCCUUUUACUUCAGGGGCAAGGGGAAGUAAAGUCAUCGUAACAACACGGAACCAAAGUAUAGCAUCUUUCAUGCAAAAUGUUCCUUUUCAUCUCUUGAAACCAUUGUCGCAUGAAGAUUGCUGGUUGCUACUUGCAAAACACGCAUUUGGAAAUGAAAAUUAUAGUGCGUAUCAAAACUUGGAAGAAAUUGGCAAGCAAAUUGCACGCAAGUGCAAUGGGUUGCCUUUAGCUGCACAGACACUUGGUGGUGUGUUACGUUGCAAGAAAGACUCUGAGGUAUGGAAUAGAGUAUUAAAUAGCAGCAUUUGGGAGUUACCUUACGAAAAAAGUGAUAUUCUUCCCGCUCUAGGAUUGAGUUACCAUUAUCUUCCUGCUACAUUAAAACGCUGCUUUGUUUAUUGCUCAAUUUUUCCAAAAGACUAUGAAUUCAACAUAGAAGAUGUAGUUUUUCUUUGGAUGGGAGAAGGUAUAAUUCCCGAAGCUGAGAAUGGGGAAAGAAUGGAAGAGGUAGCUAAGGAAUAUUUUGAUGAACUGUUAUCCCGAUCGUUGUUUCAAAAGUCGGGGAAAUCA